AUGAACCAGCUUGAACCACUGCUGUCUAAGAUACCGUACAUGGUAAUUGCUGGAAAUCAUGAAGAUGAUGGAAAAAACUUCACCGACUACCAAGAACGCUUUUGGAUGCCUCAUAAUGGCUACCAUGACAAUCACUUCGAUCUCGGGCCCGUGCAUUGGGUUGGUAUCAGCACGGAGUACUAUGGAUUCUAUUAUCUGUAUGGACAAGGACCUGUGUUGACGCAGUACGCUUGGCUUGAAAGUGACCUGCAAGUUAGCUAA